AUGGAGGCUAUUGCAAAUCAACUUAAUUUAAAUUUCGAUUAUUUUCCUGCUGCUUCAAAAUUUGAUAGAAAAUUAUUGGAAAAAUUUAAUUCUAGUCAACUUAAAACUUCUCAAAAAGCCUGUUACGAAAGUCAUUACAAAGUAUACCAAUCAAUUAUCGCAAAUGGCUAUGAUAGUGUCUUAAUUUUAGAAGAUGAUGUAGAUAUCGAAAUGAAUAUUGUGAAUAUAAUGACUGAUAUUCUUCCUGAUUUACCAACUGAUUGGGAUUUAUUAUAUCUUGGUCAUUGUGGUUGGGAAAAAAAUGGUAUACCUGUUGGCAGCUCUAAUGAACACAAAGUUUACAGAUCUAUGAAACCAGGUUGCACUCAUGCUUACGCUAUUUCAUCUCAGGGUGCCAAUAAGUUAUUGAAAAAUCUUGAACAUAAUAAUUCACGAGAGCCAAUUGAUUUAGAAAUAAUUGAAAAAAUUCAACAAGGAACUUUAGUCUCUUAUAGUUUUCAACCACAGGCUAUUGUACAAUGGAGAUCUAUCGAUAAUCCAUCUGAUGUCAAUCCUGGUUCCACUGAAGGUUCUUAUCCUUUAAAAAAUUCUACAUUGAAUUAUCUCGGAUUUUCUUGGGAUUAUUAA